AUGGAUCCAGGCGCAUUCGCUUACUCGAUCGAUCCGAACGUCUACGAUGGUUUCAAUACGGGCAACGGCAAUGACGCCAUGUCUAUAAAUGUGAACUUUAAUGAGGAUACAAAAGUCAAUGAAAAUUGGAAUGGAUCUGUCAAUGGGAUGACUACAACAACCCCUUCAAAUGGAGGCUCCAAUCAAAAGUCUGCAGGUCCUUCGCCAUUGGCUUGCUUGGCAUGUCGACAAAAGCAUCUCAAGUGCGAUGGCAGACAACCGAUCUGCGGCCGGUGUCAGUCCGGAGAACUCGCCUGUGAAUACACUCCAUCCCGACGAGGGUAUAAAGGUCCCUCGAAGAAACGUCGAGCGAAUCCUCCAUCGACAGAACAACAAAUCGUGAAUAUUGACCCGCAGAUUUUCAAUCUUGAUGGUCGGCCACCGGAAAUAUCGCCUGAUUGGCAUAUCCCAAGCAUUGUUGGUUCCGUGCCUUCGUCGGCGACACCACCUGGUCAGGCAUUCACACCCCCAGAUAUGCCAGUGGCAGGGGUAGUUACUACUAAUCCUACCGGUUCUAUCGGUUAUAGUACAUCAGUUACCCCACAGGCUGGAAGAAUACAGUCGCCAUUAACUCCUGAAUCGCCGCCAACAGCGCUGGGGAGAGAUGGAUAUUUGGUCGAUGUGUUCUAUUCUAAUUUCCAUCCCGCUCACCCAUUUCUUCCACCGCCGGGCAUGUUCUAUAAAUAUUCUCCACCUCCUUACCUUGAGCUGGUGAUCAAAUUUAUCGGCGCUCACUUCACGCCAGCAGCGUCCCCCGAGCCAUAUCGACAGUCUGUUGUUUCCACAACUGUUGGCCAAGAUCCAUGCCCCGAAAAGGUGCAAGCAUUGUUAUUACUUACCAUUGUUCUCCAUUCGCGUAACGAGCGGCAAGAGGCUGGAGAGCUUUUGGCGCAAGCUGUGUCUUUGGCGUACGACCUGGGCAUGCAUCGCAAGGAGUAUGCAGAGAACAUGGCGGAAGAUCCAAUCCGAAGAGAGAGCUUCCGUCGCACCUGGUGGGAACUGUUUGUUAUCGAAGGCAUGUUGACUGCCCUAGGCAUACGCACUUCCUUUACAGCCAGCGAAGUUCCACUUGAAGUGCCGCUUCCGUGUGAAGAGCGCAUCUACCAGGAUGGAUUGGCCCCUCCACUCUACCCGCCUACCAUCAAGCAGUUUGAUGACCGGAUAUUUGCUGAAGAGGACAUCACCUUCUCAUCAUUUUCUUACCGUAUCGAAGCUGUCCGAGUUUUGGGCAGAGUGGUAUCAUUGUCAGAGUCUGCAUCAGGCCAACAGCAACAGGAAGAGGUAGAAUCAGUGGAUGCGCGAAUCGCAUCAUGGUUCCAUCACAUCCCAGACUCGAAGAUGGAACUCAUGCGGCCGGACGGGACAAUGGAUGAGAUGAUGUUCCAGGCACGAAUGAUCAUCAACGGGGCAUCAAUUUACCUGAAUUUCCCUCGAUCAGAUCUACUUUCGUCGCCAGCUGUGGCUGCAGAGGUUAUCUGCGGUCAUUCGGGCAUAUGCUUGAUGCCCGCAUUUUCACACCAUGCUCACGCCAUGAGAGCCCUUAAUGCGGCAAGCGAAAUAUCGACGCUGGCAGCACUUCGAAUGCCCGUCACAAAACACACCCCAUUCUUUAUUUGUGCCUUAGUCCUGAGCUCGAUUGUCCAAUUGGCAGGCUACUCGGUCAAAGCAGGACAAAUGCCGGACCCUCGCCGCGACCGUCUCACUCUCACAGUCGGCGUUUUCAAGUCGCUAGGGCGGACGUGGGCGAUUUCGCAAUCGGUCAUGAGACAGAUCAAGGCUGUGGCUCGCGAUGUGCUCGAGAUAGGUGUUCGGCCGCAGGCUGACGAGAACAAUCUUGACUUUAGUGCGUUUUUAGAGGGGAGUCAGUUCUGGAUACCCACCAAUGUGCAGCCUGCAUAG